AUGUCUUUAACAAGUACAGAAUUGAACUACUUGAUAUGGAGGUAUUUACAAGAAUCAGGUUAUGAUCUUGCAGCUUUUGCUUUUGAUAAACAAUCAUUAUGUCUGAAAUAUGAAGAGAAUAAGAAUUUAGAAAUAUUUUCAAAAAUUGAAUCUGGAUACCUUGUGAAUUUGGUACAAAAGGGUUUAUUAUAUAGUUUGACCGAAGAGGAUAUUAAACGAGAUAGUGCCAAGUCAGAAACGUUAUCAUUUUUCGGAUCUUUACUAAAUAAUGAAAAAGAUAUUGAAUUGUAUAAGACGUUUAAAUUCGAGAAUAAUGAAAGUCCUGUAAGUGACAUGGAUGUUGAUGAAGAGGUGAAAGUUGAAGUACAAGAAUUACAAUCUACCACUGAAUUUAGUGAAAGUUUGUUGAGUAAAUGGAACCCAAGUACCAAUAUCUUGGCCCACAUCGACAAUGAAUCCAAUUUAUCAUUAGGAAAGUAUGAAAAGAAUAACUUUGCCUCGAAUAAAGUGAUCAAAACUGGAACUUUGACAGCUUUUCAGUGGAAUCCUUCAGGAAAGACCAUAAUAACCACCAAUAUAGCUGGAGAUUUAUGUUUAUGGUCAUCAGAAGGUGAUUUAAGAAGUAUGACCAAAGGUGUUUUGAAGAGUGAAGAUAAUAAACCCAGUUAUAUAGUGGAAAUACUUUGGUCUACUGAUGGACAGUUUUUCCUCACGUCGGAUUCCAAUGGUAGAAUUUGUCUUUGGGAAAGUUCCUCAUUAAAUUUAAUCCAAGAAAUGAAUAAAUCCACUGAUAAAUGGUCAAUAUGUUGGUUAGAUAAUUUCAAAUUCUCAUUAAGUACCAAACCAGGAUCUAUCAUACUAUACCAAAUUUCCAGUGAUUUCACCAGUAAUUAUAAUGUCAAAAUAUUAGGUAAUUUAGAUGGUCAUAAGGGAACAGUUUCCAAUCUUCAAUUUAACGAUAAUUCCAAAUAUUUAAGUUCAUACAGUGAAGUUGAUGGUGUGAUAAAGUUGUGGACAUCCUCAAUCACUGCUGGAGAAGUGACAUUGAAUCUUGAAGACAAAAAGAUCUUACCUCUAGUUUCAAUGGAUUGGUUCAAUAAAGGAGAAAAUUUAAUCACAGUUUCAAUUGAUGGAACUAUUCUUGAGUGGAAUAUCACUGAAAAAUCCCUCAAGAGUCAAGUAAAUAUAUUCAAACAUUUGAAAGUGAAAAAUUCAUUGGUUUAUGCUUCGAUAAUAUCACCUGAUGAGAAAUGGUUAGCCAUUGGUGAUGAUUCUGGUAAUGUUUUCAUUUGGGAUGUAAUAAACCAUCAUGUAAAAGGUAAGUUCAUCAAAUCAAUUGAUGAAACCAACAAGGGAUUAUGUGAUUUAUCAUGGGAUAUGUCAUCUACAUCAUUAAGUGUGGCUUACAAAGGUCUUCAAAGUGUCGUAUUAAAAUGGGACUUUUAG